AUGUUCCCGUCCUCCAAUUCGUACCUGGGCGGCCCAAAUAAUGGCCAGCAACAGCAACAGCAACAGCAAUACGGUCAACCAACCUCACAAUAUCCCCCGGCACCCCCAUUACAAGGACAAUUCACCGGAUAUCCUGGACUGCAGCCACAGGCAACGGGUUUCCAACAGCAGUUCUCACAACAGCAAGCCCCUCCUGUCCCACAAUUGAACUUCCAGCAAACAGGCUUCCAACAGCAGGCGCCCCCUCCACAGUACAAUCUCCCGCAACAGCCGGGAUAUGCUCAGCCUACUCAGCCUGCUCAGCCUCCACCCCAAAAUGCGCAACAGACGAGCUACCAGCGACCGCAACCGACGGGAAUGACCUCGAACGACAUUGCCAACUCAUUCCGUGGCGCCACGGCGAUCCCACCUCCUCCGGCGCCGGUCGCGAAGCAGGGCACCAAGAUCCCCAACGUGCGUCUUAGCUUCAUUACCGCGCAGGACCAGGCCAAGUUUGAGCAGCUGUUCAAGAGUGCGACGGGUGGCGAGCAGGCAUUGAGUGGGGACAAGGCCAAGGAUCUCCUGAUCAGGAGCAAGCUCGAUGGCAAUAGUUUGGCGCAGAUAUGGACACUGUCGGACACUACAAAGUCAGGGCAGCUACUGUUUCCCGAAUUUGCGCUCGCCAUGUACCUCUGCAACCUGAGCCUAACCGGAAAGGCGCUGCCAGCCUCCCUUCCAGAAAAGGUGAGGAACGAGGUGUCCAGCAUGGUCGACAUGAUCUCGUUCGGCGUGGCGGAUGACGCGCCUCAGCAGCCCCCGAGUUCUAAUGCUCCCAACUUUAGUGAGCCGCCGCAGAUACAACAACCACAGGCUCAGAAUCCAAACAAUCAGCAACUGCUCAGCCAGCUUACGGCGCAGCCGACAGGAUUCAUUCAGCAAGGCUUCCAGCAAGGCCUCCAGCCUCAAAUGACGGGAUAUCCGGGUGGAGGUAUGCCUCAGGCGCAGGGAUACACGGGUCCACGUCCGCCGAUGCCACCAAUGCCCACUGGUUUUCAGCAAGGACUCUCUGCACAACCUACGGGGAUGCCCAUGGCUGCUCCUCUGAAUAUGCAGCCAACAGGCAUGCCCGGCCAAUGGGGAUUAGUCAACGCACCAGCGAGCGGUCUGCCAAAUCUUCAAGCGCUACAAAGUCAGAUGAUGCCACAGCCGGGUAGAGAGUCUGGUUUCAGUGCAACAGGACUACGCGGCAACGCUACCGUGCCGUGGGCCGUUACAAAGGAUGAAAAGAAGAUAUAUGACGACAUGUUCAAGGCAUGGGAUGGCUUUGGCAAGGGCUACAUUACCGGAACUCAAGCUAUCGAGAUCUUCAGCCAAUCUGGACUAGAGAAGGGCGACUUGGAACGCGUGUGGACGCUCAGCGACCCCCACAAUAAAGGUCGUUUGAACUUGGACGAGUUUGCGGUGGCAAUGCAUCUCAUUUACCGCAAGUUGAAUGGAUACCCUGUUCCAAACACAUUACCAGCAGAGCUCGUGCCACCUUCAACUCGUAACAUCACCGACAGCAUUGGCACGAUGAAGAGCCUGCUUAGCAAAGACGCCCAGGAGAGGAAGUCGACGGGUGCAUUUUUGCAGCCUCAGCGGACAGGUGUGAGCUACAUGAAAUCUCGCUCAUUCCGUGGCGGGAAUGGUCCCGCAGACAGCUCUCGCAAAGACGCGACUGUUUUUAAAAACAACGAUGACGAUGUGGGAUAUCGCUCUUCUGCUAGGCGCAGGAUGGGCCAGGAUGGCAGGAGCUCUUCUCCUGCCGCGAGCGACACUGGCAGCGCUACUGCUGAUGAGAUGAGUCUCGACCAGCUGAGAAAGGCUAUCCGCGAAAAGCAAGUUCUGUUAGAUGCCAUGGAUUUUGAAGACGAAGGACAAGUUGAUCAGGAAGACGCGCUGGACCGCAAGGAUCGUAAGGAGAGUGAGGAGCUUUUCAGGCGGAUUCGCAGAAUCCAAGAAGACAUCGACACUCACCCAGGCUCCGCGUUCAAGACUGGGGAUUCUGACGCCGAAAGACGUGCACUGCAGAGACAGCUCAGAGGUUUGCAGGAUCGCUUGCCGGAACUUGCGAGCCACGUGAGAAGGUGUGAACGAGCAAUCGCAGAUGCCCAAUUGGAGCUUUUCAGACUGCGCGACGCGAAGGCCCACCCCUCUUCUGCUGCUGCUGUUGUUGGUACUGGUCCGGGGGGUGCUGUUACCGAGAGUGACAGACUCAAGGCGAGGGCGAGGGCGAUGAUGCAGCAGCGUUCAGCCGCGCUGACGGGGAAGAAGGUCGAAGCGUCCGAUGAUGGGACCGCAGCUGCGGGUCGACUUGAGGAGGAGACCAAGCGUGUUGCUAGGGAGAGAGAGGACAACGAAACGAUGGUGAGGGAUGUGGAGGAGAGUGUGACAGAGUACAGCAAGGGUCUGGAGUCGAGUCUCAAGGAAGGAGGCGAGACUAAAAGUGACGAGCAUGAGCGAAGAAGGUGGGAGGAUGGCCUGGGCGUGGAAGAUGAAGUCAAAGAUUUCAUCUUUGACCUGCAGCGGAGCUCUAGAUCCGCACGUUUGCGGAAUGAAGAGAAGCCAAAGGCGGCUGCGCAGGACAACACCGGCCGUAUUGCAUCUCCUGCUCCUCGCGCUGGCAGUCCAUCUGUGGCGAGUAAACCUGCUGCGGCUGGAGGGUCCUCAUAUUCCAGCUAUCGGACUGCGGAAGAACGCGCGGCUUUUAUCAAGCAGCAGGCGGAGCAACGCAUGGCGGAGCGUCUUGCCGCACUCGGUCUCAAGGCACCGGCCAAGGGUGGUGAAACUGCUGCCCAACGUGCAGAGCGCGAGCGUAAAGAACGGCAAGACAAGCUCCGACUAGCAGAGGAGGAGGAUGCGAAGCGAGAGCAAGAGAGKAUGGCUAGACUCGAGGGCGAAUCGGUCGCUCCACCAUMGCCAUUGACCAGCAAAGCGAAGCCUCCGCCGCCACCAACGAGGAAAUCCGGGCAGACCGAUGAUAUUAAGAAAGCCGAGCAACAAAUUAAGGAGCAGGCGAUUAAAGAGCAAGAGGUCGCCAUGGGUAGAGAGGUCGAUGAGAUGGAGGACGAGGAAGCUCGCCAAGAACGCGAGCUCCAGCAGCAGCGGGAGGACGCUAACGCAUCUCUCAAAGCACUUGAAGAGCAAGUCAGAGCUGGCAAGGUCAAGAAAGCUGAAGAGAAGCGACGUCGCGAGGCAGCGAAGAAAGAGGCGAAUGAGAAAGAAACCCGACUUGCCGCUCAACGAGCUGAAAUCGAGGCUGCAAAAGAAAAGGAACGACAGCUUCGUCUGCAACUCGAGAGCAUGGGUGAUGAAGAUGAAUCGAGCGAUGACGAUGACGAUCCUGAAAAGACAACUCCAGCGGAAAGCACCCCCACACAAAGCAUGGAGCUCCCCACAGUCCAAGAGCCUGCUGCAUCUCCACCUGCUCCACCACCACCUGCAGCCCCACCUCUACCAGGCUCGUUCCCAGAGGGCGCGGAAGCGACUAGUCCCUCUGUCUCAGUGGUCAGCCYGCCUGAAAAUAGCAAGAACCCGUUUUUCAAAUCUAUGGGAGCGUCCGUAGCUGGAACGCUUCCGGGAGACAGCGAGAAGAAGGUCGACACGAAUCCCUUCCAUCGCCUUACACAGCAAGACCUUACAAAGCAGCAACAAGCUCUUCCCGAACCUGCUGCUAUCCCGGGGCGCUUCACAGGCACGCCCAAGCCUGAUGAGGAUGACUGGUCUGUGGUUGACAGCUCCGAUGACGAAGAUGAGGAUGACAAGCCUCAAGGUGGCAGCGCAAAGCAAUUGGCCAGCAUUCUUUUCGGAACCAUGGCUCCCCCCAGGCCCUUGAGUGCCAUGGAUAACCCUAGCUCGGCCGGUCCUGCAUCGCCUGCGCAGGCAGGCCGUAUUGCUUCUCCGCCACCUCCACCACCCAUGCCAAACGCCGGAGCUCCUCCUCCACCACCGAUGCCGAACUCAGGAGCCCCACCGCCACCUCCAGGACCACCCCCGAUGCCUGGAAAUGGUGCUCCCCCUGCUCCUGCUCUUCCUGCUGCGCCACCGCCUGGCGCCGUCCCUAACAUUGGGGGCUUGCUAGGCGAGAUUCAGCUCGGCAAGGGAUUGAAGAAGACUCAGACUAAGGAUCGGAGUACCGCUUCCACCGCUGGGAGGGUGUUGUAG